GAUUUCAUGUUUGAGUUGAUGAUGGUACAUAUUUCUUGAUUCAUUAACAUUUAACACAUGGAUCCUGAAGGCAAGAAAUUUGGAGGAGGAUCAAGGGAACUUAGUGGUGCUGUUGAUCUUAUAAGUCACUAUAAAUUAUUGCCUCACCAUGACUUCUUCUGCAAGAGACCUCUUCCUGUAUCAAUGUUAGAUACACAUUAUCUUCAUAAUGUGGUGGGAGAUACGGAAAUUAGAAAAGGAGAAGGGAUGCAGUUGGACCAGCUUAUUCAGAAUACACAUAACAGAGACAUUAAUGCCCGUAUACAGCCAUUUGAUCUUGAUAUUCUUAAGGAGGCUUUCCAGCUGAGUGAAACCACUCCUGUAGAAUUGCCAGCUAUUGAAAAAGGGAUUCCUACUAUUGCUGGGAAAUCAAAGAGUGAAGCUAAAGACAAAGAUAAAGAUAAAGAGAGGAAGCAUAAAAGCCACAAGAACCGAGAUAAGGAGAAGGAUAAAGAGCAUAAGAAGCACAAGCGCCGUCAUAAAGAUAAAGAUCGAAGUAAAGAUAAAGACAAGGACAAAAAGAAGGAUAGAAGUGGGCAUCAUGAUUCUGGCGACAAUCACUCAAAAAAACACCAUGAAAAGAAAAGGAAGCGUGAUGGAGAUGAAAAUCUUAAUGAUGUUCACAGACACAAAAAAAGUAAGCAUAAAAGCUCAAAAAUAGACGAAGUUGGUGUAAUUAAAGUAGCAGUCUGAAGGGGUGGCUCUAUGGUUCAUUUGUUGUCUCAGAUGGUUAGAGAGUGGGAGGGUUUGCUUAAUGUUCUCUACUUUGCUUGAGAGUAUCUUGUAAACUGAGUAAGGAAUGUGUCGGUGAACUCAUCAUCCAUUGAUCGAUAUCUAAUCCAAGGUAUAGGUUGCUGAACAUGAUCUUUUUUGUAUCAUGAACAUUGGCCCAUAUUUGCCUGUAACAUUCAAGAAUUUGAUCUUUCUUU